AUGUAGAAACCCGCCUAUAAAUUUGAAGCAUCAUAUGCACAACAUUACUAAAACAAAAUGAUGCCUCUAAGCUCAUAUUUGUCUGUUGCACUUAUUGCUAUUUUAUUUUCAUAUGCAUCUUCUGCAAUUGAUACUAAUACUUAUGAAGAUAACUUCCUUCAAUGUCUUUCUAGUUAUUCACAUAACUCAACUUCAAUCUCUAAAGUUGUGUACACCAAAACCAAUCCCUCUUACUCACCAGUACUCAAAUUUACAACUCAAAAUCUAAGAUUUGCAUCCUACAAAACACCAAAACCACUUGUCAUCAUCACACCUCUAGAACCUUCCCAUAUUCAAACAGCCAUAAUUUGUUCCCAAAAUCAUGGCCUCCAGAUUCGAACCCGUAGUGGGGGCCAUGACUUUGAGGGCCUAUCCUAUGUUUCAGAAAUUCCAUUUGUUGUCAUUGAUCUCAUAAACUUCAAGGAAAUUGAUGUAGAUGUAGAAAGCAGAACUGCUUGGGUUCAGUCUGGUGCAACACUUGGUGAACUUUACUACACAAUUAGCCAAAAAAGCCGAAAUCUUGCUUUCCCAGCUGGUGCUUGUCCUACAAUAGGUGUUGGUGGACAUUUCAGUGGUGGCGGCUAUGGAACCUUGUUGCGUAAAUAUGGUUUAGCCGCGGAUAAUGUAAUCGAUGCUCACAUAAUUGAUGUGAAAGGUAGGUUACUUGACAGAGAAGCAAUGGGUGAAGAUUAUUUUUGGGCUAUUAGAGGUGGUGGAGGAGCAAGUUUUGGAGUCAUAAUUUCAUGGAAGAUAAAACUUGUUGAAGUUCCAGCAACAGUGACGGUGUUUACAGUUCCAAGAGCAUUGGAACAAAAUGCAACAAAGCUUGUUCACAAGUGGCAGUAUUUGGCAAGUAAAAUUGAUGAAAACAUAGCCAUCAAUAUUGUCUUUCAAAGGAUAAAUUCAAGUAAAAAAGGCGAGACAACAAUUCUAGCUAUAUUUCAAGCCUUGUUUCUUGGAGGUGUAGAUAAACUCAUUCCCUUGAUGGAUCAAAAGUUUCCUGAGUUGGGUGUGGUCAGAGAAAAUUGUAUUGAAAUGAGUUGGAUUGAAUCGGUUCUUUACCUUUUUCAAUUUCCGAAAGGUGCAUUACCUGAAGUGUUGCUUAACAGAACACUAGCUGCAAACAGCCCAAGAUUUAUUUACAAAGCAAAAUCUGAUUUUGUGAAAACUCCCAUUCCUGAAAAUGGAUUAGAAGGAAUAUGGUCUUUGUUUCAUGAAGAAGGUGCCAAAGGUGCAAUGAUGAUAUGGUUUCCUUAUGGUGGAAUAAUGGAUACUAUUUCAGAGUCUGAAAUUCCAUUUCCACAUAGAAAAGGAAAUUUAUAUCAUAUUCAUUACCAGGUUGAUUGGCAACAGGAAGGUGAUGAGGUGGAAAAACUGCACAUUAAUUGGAUUAGAAAACUUUAUAAUUACAUGGAACCUUUUGUUUCAAAGUCUCCAAGAGCUGGAUACAUCAAUUAUAGAGACCUUGAUAUUGGUGUGAAUAACAUUGAUGGAUACACAAGCUACAAGCAAGCUAGUAUCUGGGGUGUUAAAUACUUCAAGAACAAUUUCAGAAGAUUGGCAAAUGUGAAGACCAAAGUUGAUCCUCUAAACUUCUUCAGAAAUGAACAAAGUAUACCUUCUCUUGUGUCCAAGGGACACAAAUAAAUUAAUUGGAGUAGCUAAGGUCACGAUAAUAAAAAAUAAGCUGUUUUGUUAUUUCUCUUUUAUAUGUGUAUCUUUUCUUUAUAAAUAAAGGUUUAGGGGAGUGGGGUCUAGAGCUAAGGGGUAAAGGCUUCAAGGCUCAAAGAGCAUUUUUAGAGAGAUAAUUACAUAUUACAUGCCAACAAGGUCUUCUUCAAUCGGGAGCAAGAAGAUUUCCACAUCUUUUUUGGAUGAGUAUCUGAUGCAGCAUUCAUCAACCCCUAGAUAUUCUAUGUGUGUAUUUAUUUUUACAUGUUUGUUUACUUUUACUUAAAACAAUGAUACUUGAAUAAAUUACUAAAGUUUGGUGUUAAACUUGACA